GAUCAAACUGCCCAAAAAGAGUCCUUACACAUUCCCUGUAAACUCGAACAAGUUCAUGGUUGUGGGAUGCGGUGCAUUGGGAUCCAUCUCAACCGGUAUGACUGCAAUCAAUGCCUGCACAUCAAUAUGCCUUAUAAGGGAGAAGGUGGUUAACGAUUCUUGCAGUGGGCGUGGCUGCUGCCAAGUCGAUGUACCUUCUAACAUGAAUUUGCUCAACAUUUCCGUUGUUAAUGUGCGUGAAGAGAAGAAUUUUAGUAGAUUAAGCCUUGGUUAUGGGUUUAUCGUCGAAGAUGGAAGCUACAUUUUCAAAGCAUCGAUCUUUUGGAAUUCAAUCGCAACGUCCAUAUGAAGCUCGAGUGGGCCAUCGGAAAAAAAAUUUGUAACCAAGCAAAGAAAUCGAAUUCCUCUAUAUGUGGGGAGAACAGCUCCUGCAUUGAUAGCAUGGGAAGUUCUGGUUAUCUCUGCAGAUGUGCUGUUGGGUAUGAAGGGAAUCCUUAUCUCAACGGCCUGGGAGGAUGCCAAGAUAUUGAUGAGUGCAACCUCCUCUGGGGCCGUGUAUGUGCGCCAGGAGCUACUUGCGAGAACAGAGUUCCAGGGUACUUUUGCCGCUGCCCAGCAGGGACUUGGGGCAACGGCUCUGCAUCCGGAAUCGGCUGCCACAAGCCCCACAAACACUUUCCAAUGGUUGAAAUUAUCAUAGCGGCUGUCGUGAGCGCUGGGCUGCUGAUACCAUGUUUGUAUUUGCUCUAUUCGGCUCGAAAGAAGAGACAACUCAGAAAUCUCAACGCCAAAUACUUCCGUCAGAAUGGAGGCCUCCUGCUACGACAAUAUCCCUCUCCAAGCAAAGGUACAUCUAUCAAACACAUCAAGAUCUUCUCUGCUCGUGACCUCAUAAAGGCCACCGGCAACUUCGAUAGCAGCAGAAUUCGAGGGAGUGGCGGCCAAGGCAGUUUCUACAUGGGAACCCAAGAGGAUGGAUUGAUCAUCGCCGUCAAAAAAUCAGAAGAGGUGGGCCAGGAACAAGUUGAUCAGUUCAUAAACGAGCUCGUUAUCCUUGGCCAAAUUGAUCAUAAGAACAUUGUUAAGCUCUUGGGCUGUUGCUUGGAGACCCAAGUUCCAUUACUCAUCUAUGAAUUCAUAUCCGGCUGUACUUUAUACCAGAAACUCCAUGAUGAUCCCAACCUUACAAUUCAGUUAUCAUGGAAGGACCGCCUCCGCGUAGCCCGUGAAAUUGCAGAAGCUCUUUCUCACCUGCACGGUUGUAUUUCAAUGCCUAUUUUCCACAGAGAUGUAAAGUCAUCGAAUAUACUAUUAGACGAGAAUUUCACGGCCAAGCUCGCCGAUUUUGGAGUCUGUAGGCUUGUUCCAAUAGAUAAAAUCCGGGUGUCGCCUACCGUGAAAGGGACUAUUGGAUACUUGGAUCCUGAAUACUUCAAAACUGAAAAAUUAACAGAGAAGAGCGACGUGUAUAGCUUCGGGGUUGUUCUGCUCGAGCUUUUGUCGGGAAGGAAGCCUGUCCAAGACGAACAGACACCUGGCUACGGUAGCCUGGUAAUGCAUUUCCUGUCUUAUGUUGAGAGAGGAAAUUUGCAUGAGGUACUUGACAAAGGAAUAGUGAAAGAGGCAAAGAUGGCGGAUUUGCUAGCUAUUGCCGAGAUUGCUAGAAGCUGCUUGAGAUUGAAAGGAGAAGAAAGACCAACCAUGAAAGAAGUGGCGCAGAAGCUUGCCUGCCUUGGAUGAUUUUAUAUGCUCUGAAAAUCUAGCUUUCUGGUAAUUCCAGACCAGCAAAAUUUCUCUCCGAGUUUCUUGGAAUUUUUGGUCAAGGGCCUUUUAAAGAACACCAUCUUUUAGGUGAUAUUUGCAUCGUAUCAAUGUUUAAACCGAUUGGUAAGGUGCAAUAUAUCUGCUGCUGUUGGAAAAAAUGUGUUGGAAAUAAGGAAAAAUAAAAAUAAAAUAAAAUUAAUUAUUUUCAUUUCACCGGGCUGAAUCACGUAAAAAUUUGUCAGUUGCCUAUAAUAUCCUGGCUCAUUUCAGACACAUCGCACCUAGGCUUAUGCUAGACCACUCG